CUGGAAUUAUAUCGACUUGGUCUAGUUGAUUAUAUCACAUUUCAUUGGAAUCGAUUAGAUGUACCACAAAUUUUAAUGUACUUUUGGUCAUUCAACUAAUGUCAGUGAUUAUUUUGGGUCCAGUAUGCUGGGAAAUUAUUCCAACUGGUGAUGUUAAUGUUGAUGAGAUAUCAGCGAAACUAUUCAAUUCUUCUACAUUGAAUGAAUAUUCUAAUCUGGAUACUGCCAAUCAAUCAACAUUAUCUAUACUAUACACAAGAUUAUUUGUUGGUCUUUUUGUACAUGGAUCAGAAACCUGGUUGUCAGUGUGUGGAGCAGCUGCAUUUUUCGGUGCAUUAGCUACUAUUUUCGUUUCUAUAUUGGUCUUUUUAUUGGAUCCAUCCCGUACUGGCACAGCUCGAUUAGCAGUGGUAGUUGCAGAAGCUCCAGCUGAUCCACAUACAUGGAAUGUUAUUGAUGAUCCAGCGUUAGCUUUAGAUCAAAAUGAUGUUAUUGCUAUGGAAUUACUAGCUAGUACAGGAUGGAAUUGUGCUGUUGUCUUUUUGUUCUUAGCUUUCCAAUCAGAUAUGCCUAAUCUUCCACCAGUUUAUCGUGCAUCAUGUUCUAUGUAUGGAAUUAUGGUUCUUGUGAUUGCUUGUAUCCAUCCUAUUCAAGCAUUAAUCAAGUCAUUCUUAUUACGUCUUGGGGCACCUGGUCAACAAACAAAUUGGUCCGAGCAUGUACGACCAUUGUGUUUUUGUGUUGUGCUGAUUUUUGCAGCUUUCAAUAUGUUCACUUGUUUACCAAGAAUAUUAACAAAUGACAAACUGGAAUAUAUUCGUAAUAUGAAUCACAGUGAAAAUGCAUCCUAUUUAGCUGUUUUAUCACAUAUUGGCUCAUCGGAAGAAGCAAUACUUGCGAGACGACUAAGAAUAUUUCUAAGCGGUUGUCAAUUAUUAAUUAGCCUUGUAGUUACACUAAUUGAAUAUGCUAUUUAUCAAUACUCUUAUCGAUAUCCUAAUUGGACAGGAUUUCAACCAACAAUAUUUUGGACAAAAGUGAUUAGUUCAGUAAUUGAUUAUUUUAUUUCAUUAUUAUCAUUUCUAACAGUCUGUUGGUUAGUAUUCUAUGAUUCUUUUGGAGUGUGUCGUUUGUUUAUUAUUUGUUGUUAUUUCUCCUUAGUUUUAUAUCCAUCAGCGCGUAGAGCAUAUAUAUGGAUAAAAUGGCGAUUAUUAUGCACUAAACGUAUGAAUGAUUUAGUUAAUCCUAGUAAAAUACAAUUAGAACGGUAUGGUGAUACAUGUCCAAUAUGUUUUGCUGAAAUGACUAUAACUACAGCAAAAAUUACUAGAUGUGGUCAUCUUUAUCAUUCUGAAUGUCUUAUACAGUGGAUGAAACAUAAAUUAACAUGUCCUAUAUGUCAGUCAGAUUUAUUGUCGACUAGAGUGACUAAUAAACGACGAGAAGUUACAAGUGCUCGAAUGCAAGAGACUAUAGUAGGUGAACAAAAUUAAAUAAAUUUAAAAGAAAUUACUCAGAAUUUUUGACUUUAUUAUUAUUACUAUUACUACUAAUACUACUAUUAUUACCAUCAUCGUCAUCAUCAUCCUUUUCACUGUCUAACCAUUCGAUAUUAAACAAAAGUCAAACAAGAAAUCACCUUUCAAUCUUGUAAAUGC